CCUCUUCACAUCUGUCGCUAGAUGUAGUAAACAAUCAAUGAAUGGUGAAAGAAAAGCAUUCGACGUGGACAAAUUGAGCCUUGCGUCAUUUGUUUUAGUGGUUUAAAGACACACAAGCUUUAGUAGUACAUAUUAGCUUACAUAAAAGCCGAAGUAAAGAAUAGACUGAUAAAACAACGUUAAUAUGUGUGGCAUUUUUGCUUACAUUAAUUACCUGGUUCCAAGGGACCGGAAGUACAUCUUAGACUGUCUUAUAAAGGGUCUUCAACGUCUGGAGUACAGAGGUUAUGAUUCCGCAGGAAUCGCAUUUGAUGGCAGUAACGAUGAUCCAGCUCUUAUUAAAAAGCCAGAAACUAAGAUCGUCAAGAAAAAGGGCAAAGUGAAUGCGCUUGAACAGGAGUUGGCCGCUGAAAAAGAUUUGAAGCUUGACAUUGAGUAUGAGGUGCAUUGUGGGAUUGCGCAUACUCGCUGGGCCACCCAUGGAGCCCCGAAUGCCGUCAACAGUCAUCCUCAACGAUCUGAUUCAAAUAAUGAAUUUGUUGUUGUUCACAAUGGUAUUGUUACAAACUACAAAGACAUCAAGAAACUGCUGGAGGGCAAAGAUUUCCAUUUUGAGUCUGAUACCGACACUGAAGUGAUCGCAAAGCUCUGCAAGUAUUUGUAUGACAACCGCGAGAACGAUGACAUGUCCUUCAGGGAACUCAUUGAAAACGUCAUAAUUCAGCUGGAGGGUGCCUUCGCCUUGUGUUUCAAAAGUACUCACUUUCCUGGCCAGUGUGUUGGAACCCGUAGAGGAAGCCCUCUAUUAAUUGGUGUCAAGACCAAAGGCAACCUCUCUAGCAACUUUGUGCCAAUUCUUUAUCGUGAUAAUAGAGGAAUAGAUUUCCAAGACAAUGGGAACUAUGAUGAAGCUAAAGAAACGGAGAACACCACGAAACAAGACAAUGAAAGUAAUUGUUCAGCUGAGGACUCGAGUGUAUUCAAGCGUAGCCUUAGCACAACAGACUUUGAAGUAAGCGGUGACAUCAAGGCAGCAGAAUACUACUUUGCGAGUGAUGCUAGUGCAAUUAUCGAGCACACAAAGCGUGUUAUCUACCUUGAAGAUGAUGAUGUUGCUGCUGUCAUGGAUGGUUGUCUAUCAAUCCAUCGAAUAAAGAAGGAGGAAGGUGAGGUGAUGUCAAGAGAGGUACAGACACUAAAGAUGGAGCUUCAACAAAUCAUGAAAGGUAAUUACCAAUAUUUCAUGCAGAAGGAGAUUUUUGAGCAGCCAGAAAGUGUUAUCAAUACCAUGAGAGGGCGAGUCAACUUCAAAGAAAAACAAGUAUACCUUGGAGGAUUGAAGGAUCAUCUUUCAGAAAUUCACCGAUGUCGUCGUCUGCUGUUCAUAGCUUGUGGAACCAGCUACCACUCAGCCAUAGCUACACGUCAGCUACUGGAGGAACUGACUGAACUACCGGUCGUUGUUGAACUUGCUAGCGAUUUUCUGGACAGGAGGACUCCAAUUUUCAGAGAUGACAUAUGUUUCUUCAUCAGUCAAUCUGGUGAAACUGCUGACACAUUGAAUGCACUGCGUUACUGCAAAAAGCGAGGAGCUCUCACAAUUGGUAUUACAAAUACUGUUGGUAGUUCCAUCUCGCGCGAGACAAACUGUGGCGUUCACAUCAACGCUGGUCCUGAGAUCGGUGUUGCCAGUACAAAGGCCUACACCAGUCAGUUUAUCUCUCUAGUCAUGUUUGGUCUGGUCAUGAACCAGGAUAAAAUUUCCACAAGAAGCAGAAGAAAUGAAAUCAUUGAAGCUCUAGAAAACCUACCAAAACUCAUUAAAGAAGUACUUGAAAUGGAUGAAGAUAUCAAGAAGCUAGCAGAAGAUCUGUACAAGAAAAGAAGUAUCUUGCUUAUGGGACGUGGAUUCAACUACGCAACAUGCUUAGAGGGUGCUCUCAAAAUUAAAGAGCUGACUUACCUGCACUCUGAAGGUAUUCUUGCUGGAGAGUUAAAGCAUGGACCCCUAGCCCUGGUGGACCAAGACAUGCCAGUCGUCAUGAUCAUUAUGAAGGACUCAAUGUAUACUAAAUGCCAAAAUGCACUACAUGAAGUCACUGCCAGAGGGUGCUCUCCAAUUUUGAUCUGCCAAAAGGGUGAUAAAGAAUCGCAGGCUAAGGCGUCGCAUGUCAUUGAACUGCCUGGCACCGUUGAUUGUCUGCAGGGAAUUCUCUGCGUGAUUCCUCUUCAGCUCCUUGCAUUCCACACAGCUGUUCUCCGAGGAUACAAUGUUGAUUAUCCACGAAAUCUUGCAAAAUCUGUGACGGUAGAAUAAACGAGGUACAUCGUACAGUAUUACAUAGCCUAUAAGGAGGUAGGCCUGAUGGUAUCUUGUAAUAGCCAGCCGCAAUCUGAAGGAUGAUUUAUGACAAAAGAGGUGCUGUACAUAUUAAAAUAAAUACAAUACUUAUUUACAUAUUGGAUUUAAUUUCCAUGAUACCAUGGAUUGGCAUUUUUUUUAUCAAAAUUAUUGAUACUUAUCCCUCAUGAAUAUUUGAUACUCCAACAGUUACCACUGCUUCUGUUUUAAGGUCAAUACAAGGGUAAAAGGUCACAGCAUCUUAAAUUUAAUGGUGUAUCUUAAAGAUAUCUGCAAUGUUUGAAAGUAUAAAAUGAAAGGUCAUGUUUUAUAUGGCAAUGCUGAUUGGUUGGUUAUGUCAUGUGAUGUAAUUUCCCUUAUUGGGGUCAAGUAUUAUGAAUUCUAUUUGGACAAAUUUUCAAUUUUGUAGUAUUAGGAAAAAUAUUCAUUUUUGAUAUAAUUUAUUUAUUUAGCAAUUCGCUUAGCUACUACUUGAAUCAAAUCGUUUAAUGAUUUGAAAAUUUAUAUACCAAAUUGGUACAAGAAUUGUACAAUUAGGGAACUGGGUGACCUAUCCUAAAUUUUUAGGAACUCAAGGAAUAUAUAGUCUUGUUUAUUGUACAGGUCAAUGAUUUAUAAAAUCAAUACAUAUUUUCUUUCUGAUUUCUUCGAAUAAUUGUAGUUAUUUAAGAAUAUAUCAGCUUUUAAUAAGAAUAUAUAUUAUUGGUACUGAUGAAAUUUUUAUAGAAAAUUGAUUGAAGUUGAUGUAUAUGGUUUUUUUUUUCACAACCAAUUUUGAGAUUUUCUUAAUCAUAUUAUUGGUCUUCCAAUACUGUAUUUGCACAUAUAUAAAUCUAGAGGUGGCAAAAGGGGUCUAGCUUCCCUAUGAGCACUCCUCUUGUAUUGUCCUGUGAAAAAGACAAAUUAUCUUGAAUAUAAAACUAAUGAAUUUUCAAAUAAGUUAAGUUAAGUUAAAUAAGUUUUAUAUUUUUAAGCACAAUAAAUCUUCAAAUUGAUUGGGACCAAAAUAUUUUUGCAGGCUUUGAGUCGUCUCGACCAUUGCACAGUUUACAGUACUAUCAUAAGGAGUACAAAUUCAUAUUUGCUUUUAUCACUGUACUAUCAAUGCUCCCUGUCAGCUGGUCAUAGGUUGCAUCAUGUGCAGAAAAAUAAAAUUGUUGUUUUAGAAUUAAAUCUCAUUAAACCAGGGUUGGCCUGGGUUACUCUAUGCAGAGAAAAAAGUUAAUGCCAGGCUCUGGAGGGUAACAAAUUAUGUUAUGUUGUACAAAUGAAGCUCUGUCUUGGAAAUGUGAUAUGGUUAAUAAUAUUACAUGGCUAAUAAGUUACAGGUUUUUGAAUAUUGUUGUAAAACGGGUAUUAUUUCCCCCUCCAGAGCCUAGUUCUUGGGGGAACUGUGUGUAUUUAAUGAUCAUUCUGUAUUUAUUUACAUAAAUAAUAAAUAAUUUUAAAUGCAGAAGAAACCAAAUCAGUUAUUCAAUUCUUCAAUUUAUUAAAAUAAUGCGAUAUGAGCCAACAUCACCUUGUGCAAAUUCAUUAGCAAGUUCUAUAUCGAAGACAAUUAAUUUGGGACUAUAUAUGCUAAUUAUCUAUGACAUAACAAAACCUGCAGUAGAGUAAAAUACCGUUAAUAGUGUUUGUUUCCGAAGGGUCAGACCACUUUCUGCGAUGACGGAUUCUAAGUUGGCUUCAUGUCCCAGAUGAAUGAAAUCAAUUUAAUUACGCAUGGGCAUAUGCGAACUAUCCCAGAUUACUAGUCUCGGACAUUAUUGCUAUUAGUUCACAUCAAGCCAAGCAUACAAAUACACCAUCAACAGAUGUUUGAUUGGAGUGAUGACAUACAUCAUCUAGAUUUCAACAGACAUAGGAAGACAUUAAUUGAUCAGAUAUCUUAAACAAGCUUAUAAUAAGUCAAAUCAAACAUCUUUUUAACCUAAUAGAUGGAACUUUCUAUUGACUAUGAUUGAUCAAGUAUGCAUGGUUUUACCCUGUAGGUUUUUAAAUUUAUAUUUAUUACAGUUUCAUUUGCUAUCAAUUAAAAUGCUAUGAAUUAAAAUGUUGUCAUUUACAGUAUUUUAAUUAUGUAAAAUGAAUUGUUAAAAUGGUAGUACUGAACAAAAUGAAUUCUGGAUUUCAAUAUGUGUAUGAAGUGGGUACAAUAUUAUCAUGUCUUCAUAAAAAAAAUUUAAUUAAAAUAAUAUUGAACUACA